AUGGACCUAUGCUCAUCUUGGACACUGUGCUUCGGGCCAGUCAACGACAUGAAGGCCUCCAGGAUACCCCUCGGUCUCCUGAAAUUCGCCGAUGCGGAGUCGCAGGAUCGUCCAACUGUGAAGCUUCUAUCUGUCACAUUUGUCAACUUGAAGGAGAUUGGAACCUGGGCAGCACCCGAUUAUUCAUCACAAGACUCAUGGGGCGACACUCUCGCCGCGAGUUGUCUCCCAAUUCAAGUUGGAGGGGUAUGUAAUGAUGAUGCGCAGCGGUUCUUGGUAAAGGGACAAUACUUCAUUGCGGUCCCAAGGCUGGGGCGUAAACGCAGAGGAGCAGGCCUUAUUGCGGGUGCCGCCAUAAACGUGAAUAUGAUAUCGCUAAACGCGAGCUUCUCAUCUGCGCUUGUUUUGGGACUGGUGUACUAUAUCUAUACCAAAGUUCGUAACAAUGGGCCCUAUUCCCAUCUUCCUCUCCCGCCUGGCCCGAAGCGGCUCCCAUUGAUUGGAAAUAUCUUGGACCUGCCGAGGAAAUUCGAGUGGGAGACGUACCACAAAUGGUGCGCGGAGCUCAACACGGAUAUUCUUUACCUCAACUUCGCAGGCACAAAUGUUGUUGUUCUGGAUACAUAUGAAGCUGCCUACGAUUUGCUCGAGAAGCGCUCGUCAAUCUACUCAGGAAGACCACAACAAACUAUGGCCAACGAACUGAUGGGAUGGGAGUUUAGUCCUGGUUUCAUGCCUUACGGAGAGAAGUGGUGUGUCUUUGAGCAAUACUAUCGUCCAGCCAGGGUUCAAUGGGGCGUGUAG